GUUUGCACACGACCCGCUUCCUACGGUGUCGACCGCCAGUUCUACCGUGCACUUGACGAAAUCAUUGGAGUUGUUUACCGCAGAUCUUGAAGCUUCAAGCCGACUUUUCGUUAGCGGGGUGGGAAUACCUCAAUUCGAAUUGUGGAUAUCGCAGGAUAAAAUACCAAGAUGAGCAAGAAGUGUGGAAAGUGCUCCAAGACGGUGUAUCCAACCGAGGAGCUGAAAUGCUUAGACAAGGUGUGGCACAAAGCAUGUUUUAAAUGUCAAGUUUGCAAUAUGACGUUAAACAUGAAGAACUACAAGGGAUAUGAUAAACUUCCAUAUUGCAAUGCACAUUACCCACAGACGAAGCACACAGCAGUUGCAGACACCCCUGAGAGUAGACGUAUUGCUGAAAAUACUAAAAUCCAAAGUAAUGUACAGUACCAUAGUGAGUUCGAGAGGUUCAAGUCCUCAUAUACAGUGAUACCUGAUAACCCUGAGCUACAGCGCCACAUGCUUAACACCAAGAAUGCCAGUCUGAAUCUGUACCAUGCUGAUUUUGAGAGGACCAAAGGUGAUUAUACAACAGUUGUCGAUCCUCUCCAUGUGAAGAAAUGUCUUGAAAACACCAGGAAUUUGAGUUCGACUCGGUACCAUGCUGAUUUUGAGAGGACCAAAAGUGACUAUACUACGGUUGUGGAUCCCCUGGUCAUGAAGAAGUGUCUUGAGAAUACCAAGAAUCUUAGUGCGAAUGUGUACCAUGCUGACUUCGAGAAGACCAAGGGAAACUACACGACGGUGGUUGAUCCCAUGUCGGUCAGGAAAUGUCUUGAAAACACAAAGAACCUUAGCACGACUCAGUACAAGAAAGACUUUCAGGAGUCCAAGGGCAAGGUCAAGUCUAUUGCUGACCCUUUGACCCUCAAAACUGCCAUGGCUGCCACCAAGAAUGCUAGCUUGGUUCGAUACCACAGUGACUUUGAGAAGGAGAAAUCUCACUAUACUGUGGUUGCCGACCCUCUAGAGAUGCAACGCCAUAAGGACAACCAGAAAAACAUCAGUGGGGUUGAAUAUCACAAAGAUUUUGAGCAUACGAAAAGUCAAUACACAACAGUUGCCGAUUCUGCCGAUAUGAAGCGCCACCAAUCUAAUCAGAAAAUUCUGAGUGCGGUGGAGUACCACAGUGAAUUUGAGAAGGGCAAGAUGUCUGUGAACAUGCCAGCUGAUGCCCUCGAUUUCAAACGAAGUAUGACCAAUCAGAAACUGGCUAGUGAGAUUAAGUACCAUGAAAACUUUGAAAAAGAAAAAGGCAAAAAAAUGUCUGUGGCUGACGACCCAGAAACCCAGCGCCUCAAGAAAAACAUGCAGGUUGUGAGUAAUGUGGCCUACCACAACACACUCCAGGAGAAGGCAAGGAUGGAACAGAAUCGACCUAACGAGGAGACGGAUAACUUUGCAGCUCGCAGGCGUGGUCACAAGAACCCAGGUAGCAUAACUGACUAUGUGCCCACCGCCGUGGCUACUCCCCCACAAAACCAACCCACCCAUGUCUACAACUCUAAAGGAGAAGAAGAAGCUGAGGUAUUUGAUGAUGAGAAGCAGAAUCACCAGAGUAGGAGGCAGAUUGGGUCUAUUGCAGAUUAUGACCCAAUACCUAACCAGAUACUCGCGGCCCAACCCACCGGGUACCAGUCGGUGCCGAGCCAGCAGCCCCGCUCCCCCGCCAUGUUUGCACCCACACCUUACAGCCCCCCAGGCCAGUUUAGUUCCGUGCAAAGGCAGAUCGGGUCAGUUAACUUUAACCCAAUGCCAAACAGCAGCCCUGCUCCAAGCAGCCAGUACACGUCUCAGCCGCAGGCGCGGCCAGGCCAGGGGUCCAUGUACACACCCUUUAGGCCUGUGCAAGUUGUGGAAGACACACCUGAUGUCAAGGAGGAAGAGCCUGUCCCCGAACCUUAUAGUGACCAAACUCAGGAAGAACCUCAGGCCCCCGAGGUUGUUGGCGGAGGGUUUAGGACAACCUAUCCGACAGAUAUUCCGAGUUCUCCUCAGGGUUCCCCGGAGGACACGCGAGUCAGCAGCCAGUCUAUUCCCUACACGCCACAAUCACACGAGGCAGACAUCAGUGGUGGGGGAUUCCAAACAACAUACUCAGUAGAUACACCAGAUCUUGUUGAAGAAGACAAUACCAGUAGAGGCUUCAGUCCAACUGUGGGUUUGUCCUCCUCAUCCCCUCCACCUGUGGAGGAACCUAGUGCUGUUGGCGCCGGCUUUAGAACAACGUACCAGGUGGAUGAGGAAGCUCCCCAACCUGCGAAACAGAACAAAGGGAUUGUCUCUCAAGCAUUGUACGACUACGCAGCAGCUGAUACGGACGAGGUGAGCUUUAUGGAGAACGACGUAAUCAUCAACUGUGAACCUGUGGAUGACGGCUGGAUGUAUGGCACAGUAGAACGGACAAACAAGCGGGGAAUGUUGCCUUCCAACUACGUUCAGCGUCUUAACUAGGUGUGGCCAGCAGUACACAUCCUUGUGCUUGUUGUUUAGUGUGAGACUGGGGAUGAUAGACAUUACCCUUGGCUCAGACCUGCACUCAUGUACGCCUCUCGCCACUGGGGAAUCGCACAUGAGCAAACGUGGCCAAGGGAGCUGUUAUUGUUUUAAUAUUUUAGUCUUAACACAAUAGUUUGUUAACUUAGCCAAUCGCUGAUACCAGACUCUUAGACAAGGUGGCUGGAAGCAGCUCCAUUGAAAUUUGAACACAACAUGAAUGGGCAUUUCAGAAAGUUAAAGUUAUAAUACUGUUGGUGCAUGUGUCAUUGGUUUGUAAAUUUGUGACAUUUGGUCCUCUGUGUUCAAAGGCUCUUCUACUUAUUUACAAAAAUCUUUAUCAACUUUGAAUUCUGGGAAUUAUUGAGAGUUCUGACACUUGUCUUUAAAAGUCAUUAAAAUAAAACGACCAGCACAGCAGAUUAUUCUUAGACUGUGCAUCUUGUCCUCUCUGCAAACACCUACGGUUUGCUUCAGCUUUGUCUAGGAUGAUAGGUACGCAGACAAUGCGGUAACAGGAAUACUCAUGUCGCCAUUCCUGUUUGACACUACAAGCAAGUCCCUGUUGGUACUGCUUUUCCUAAACAUAUAUUCAUAUUUUAUCCAAAUGUUUUAUUAUUCUAAGAUUAUUACAGUUGAUGGCAAUCCUAAUUUGUCUUUUUUUUUGCCACAUGCCAGGCACGCUUCAGUCCAUGCUAUGACUAAGACCAUUGGCGCCAUGUGGUAACCAUGGAUAUUAUGUGGUACCCAUGGUAACCAGCUGUGGAUGCUUUGUCAUUCAGGGUCAUGUUGAUAUGAAUACAUUGACAUGGUUGCACAAUAUAUAGAGAAUUUGCUGUCUGUAACAUAUACAACCCUCUAAGAACUGUAAAGUUGGGCGUAGUCAGUAGAAUAUUGGAAUGGAUAUUUUAAUACAUUUUGAAGAAUAGAAUUUUUUGACCAUUUGAAAAAUGUUGUGCAUAAUUUUGAAGUCUACUUUGCAUGGAGAAUUUCAUGUCCCUUGAAUGACUUUGAUGAAGUUUGCCAACGAGAUACUAGAUGUCUUUUGUUUAUAUGUGUGUUAUAUUGAUCAUACAAGUUUGUCCAUAUACAUUUCUUCACUGGUGAUUAUUUUGCAAAAAAUUUGCUUCCCUCUUAGUGCUGUCCUCGAUAUAGCUAGUAUAGCUUCCUAGUGCAUUCAUUGAUGGUGAUCACUGUCUUGUCAAUAAAACUUACGUAUUCACAACUGUCAAGAAAUUUAUGCGAGAGAAAACCCCAAAAUUCAGAAUCAUUUUUUGACGCAAUUAUUGAAUAUUCUUGUAUAUGUAUUGAAACUUAACAGCAUGUAGAUUUAAAUCUUAUGUUAAUCAAAAAGGAGUUAUGUCGUGACCUUUCUGUCCUUUCCGUAUACAUACUGCAUGAAUGUAUUAUGUACAUGUUUGUAUAAUAAUUUCUCGAAGCUAUGGUUCUGUUGUAAGUUUUCUUAUAGUGUAUGACGGGUUGGAAUAUCGCUCCUGCAUAAUAUUUAUCUGUUACCAUGGCUACAGUGUCUGAUUAUGUAGUGAAGCAUCCUGAACAUGCUUCUACUGAAACAUACAGACAUAUCAAUUAGUACUGUGAUUUAAUUAAUUUAAUUGAAAGACAAUUCCAAAUGGCACUUGAAGAAUGAGUAAUUUCCUUGGAGGAUAUUGUUAUACCUGUCCAUUUAAUCGCUAUGACAACGGAGUUUGAUAUUAUCGUUGCAAGCCACAGUGAAGAUUGUGUUAAUUCAAGAUCUUAUUACAAGUUGUUUCUGUGUAACUUAACACUUCAUAACCUUUGUGAUAGUCCUAUAUAGUUUGUUAGUUGACAAAUUCCUCUCCAAAGUGGGGGAAUUUUAUGUUUGCCAGAUUUGUUAAAAAUGUUGUCUAUAUAUUAUACUUAUACACCAGAGUGUCGAAUGCUCACUGAUAUCCCUAUGCAAACUGUAUAAAAAGGUAAGACUUUUAUCUAUGUUGUAAAUCAAACUCAAGGCACGCAAUACAUUUUGUCUUAACUUGAACAUGGAUCAACAUAGAAAUUGUGAAAUGAAUAUGAAAUUAUGGUCCUCUUUUUGGUUUUCAUUACAGGCCUCUUUCCACAAAGCAAUCUUAGCGCUACGAUUGUACGCCUAUGUUAAUGUAUGGGAGUUACAAUAACCUUAGCGCUAAGACUGCUUGGUGGAUAGAGCCAGGACAACAUAUAUCUUCAUCACACAGUUUAACAUUAUCACACAUUUCGUAAAUUAUGUCCAAAUUUGUUGCCCAGGUUUGCUGUUUGGGAACAAUUCAAAUUUGUACAGAUGAUUUUGUCAGUCUUAGUGAACUUAAAUCCACCAGUUUGUAAUGCAGCCAUCUUAAAGCAGUGAGCCAGUAAGCUGCAUUGAGACAUGCCAGGUUGGAUAUUGGUGGAGUUCCUGUGACAUCACUGUAAACCUGGGUCUUUACGGUGGGGGAUAUUACAAGAAUUGUUUCCACGUAACUUCUAUCAGCAGGAUGUUGUACCAGAUUAUGUUUGAUCUGCAUGGGAUUUGACUACCAUGCUUUGUCUCUUGGGAACUUUCUUAAUUUUAAUGUUCUGAUGUUUAAUGUUCUAAUUCUUCACUUCAUGAACCUACUUGAUAUUGAUUGUGGAAUCUCUGGGGUCUAUAGGUUCUGGGAUAUUGGGGUGUUGUCAGGUAGGUGUAGUUAAUUGUCCAGUUCCAACUUGAAAAACUAACUUUUAGAAGCAUAUUGUACAAAUGUUGGAUUCACACCAACUUUGUUUUUGUUAGAAAAAGAUUUGUGUCCAAUGGUAAGACUUCAGGAUAUAACAGUCAUUUUGUA